GAUAGGUGGCGAUAGUGCUUCAUUAUUUGAUUUAUAAUAAUAUUGUUUUGCAUCUCAAAAUAUUAUUAAAUGAUCUUACAGAGCAGAUCGAAUGGGGACAGUGCAUGGCACAGAGUCUAAUUUUAGCUGGUCUAAGUCAUCCUAAUAUGACACUGUGCUAGUUAGCGGUGAUGGUUGCUAAUGUUAAAGCAGUCAUGAAUAUUCAUAUUCUCUAAGGCACACAGGUCAUUUGAAACUACGUAAACAGAAGGAUCGUAGUUGUAACAAGAAGGAGAUCAGAAUUCUCGGUUUGACGAAGACCACGCCAUGCUGAUGGAAUUAUACCAAUUGGAAGUCCACAUUGUUUUUAGACAUGUCUAAUGAAACGAAUAUAUCAACAACAACAGUGCUAACCCUAUCCACCACCAGCGCUCCCGAAUUGUUGGAGUGUAAAGAUCGGCUGUACUAUGUAUUCCUGCUGUCCAGUAUCCUCAGUUUUAUAACAUGUUUUAUCAUCGUUCUGUUGUGGAGGGUCGGGGUAAUACUCUGUGCACGGAGACAGAAUGCACAGCUGGACUCCAAGAGCAGUCCACAGAAACAUCUUCUCGGUAAAAAUUCGACGGAGACAGAGAUAGGAUGGGUCUCGGAGGCCAAAGAUUGGGCCGGCGAGCUUAUUUCUGGUCAAACGAUGACUGGGAGAAUACUGGUUGUUUUUGUGUUUCUCCUCAGUAUAGCCUCAUUAAUUAUUUACUUCAUUGAUGCACAAAAUGUUUCUGAUCCAAAAACAAGGCUAAGGGGAGCAACCAAUUCUGAUGGCAAUCGAUCAGUUGUGGAAACAUGCAUCCCGUGGGCAGAGAGUUACACACAGCAGGUGGAUUUGGCUUUCAAUGUCUUCUUCAUGAUCUACUUCUUUAUCAGGUUUGUUGCUGCUCCAGAAAAACUAUGGUUCCUCCUAGAAAUCUAUUCCUUUGUGGAUUACUUCACCAUUCCCCCAUCAUUUGUUGCCAUCUACUUGGAUAGGAACUGGUUAGGGCUUCGCUUUCUCAGAGCAGUCCGUCUGAUGAAUGUACCUGAUAUUUUGCAAUACCUCAGCAUUUUACAAACCAGUAAUAGUAUCCGCUUGGCUCAAGUGGUGUCAGUUGUCACCAGUUUUUGGUUGUCUGCUGCAGGGUUUAUUCACUUGCUGGAAAAUUCUGGAGACAUCUUUUUUGACUUUAACAACCCCCAGUUCCUGACCUAUGGGGAAUGUGUGUAUCUUCUCUUGGUCACUAUGUCCACUGUGGGCUAUGGAGACGUGGCCUGCAAGACUGUUCUGGGAAGGACAUUCAUGAUAUUUGCCAUAUUAGGUGGCUUGGCCAUGUUUGCAAGCUCUAUCCCAGAAAUUAUAGACUUAAUUGGCACACGUCAGAAAUAUGGAGGCACCUACAAGAAGGAACACGGAAAAAAACACAUAAUAGUGUGUGGCCAUAUUACCUACGACUCUGUUUCCAACUUCCUCAGUGAUUUCCUGCACAAAGACAGAGAGGAUGUGGAUGUGGAAAUUAUUUUCAUACAUAAACAUCUUCCAGACUUAGAUCUGGAGGGUUUAUUUAAGCGCCACUUCACUCAGGUAGAAUUCUUUCAAGGAUCUGUGAUGGAUGCCAAUGACCUGCAGAGAGUGUGUGUAAAAGAAGCUGACCGCUGCAUGGUUCUUGCUGACAAGUACUGCUCAGACCCUGAUGCUGAAGAUGCUGCCAAUAUUAUGAGAGCAAUCUCCAUCAAAAACUUUCACUCAGACAUCAAAAUCACCAUUCAGCUGAUGCAGUACCAUAACAAGGCUUAUCUCCUUAAUAUCCCAAGCUGGGACUGGAAGAAGGGAGAUGAUGCAGUCUGUUUAGCAGAACUUAAGUUGGGUUUCAUUGCACAGAGCUGCUUAGCGCCAGGCUUCUCCACUCUAAUGGCCAACUUAUUCACCAUGAGAUCAUACAAAACAUCCCCUGACACUCCCCAGUGGCAGAACGACUACUUGCGCGGCACAGGAAUGGAGAUGUACAGUGACUACCUGUCCAGUUCCUUCGUGGGAAUGACAUUUCCAAAAGCUGCAGAGCUGUGCUUUGUUAAGUUGAAACUGCUGUUGAUUGCAAUCGAAGCCAAGAAUGAAGAUGGCAGUGAGAGCAGCAUAGCCAUCAAUCCUGGAGGGAAGAUAAGAAUAGAACAGGGCACACAAGGCUUCUUUAUUGCACAAGCUGCUGAUGAAGUAAAAAGGGCAUUUUAUUACUGCAAGAAUUGUCACGGAGAUGUGUCUGAUGUGAGAGCCAUAAAAAAGUGCAGGUGUAAAGGAGUGAAAAUGUUCAGAAAAGGAGCACAGGCAUUAAUGGUCCCACAAGUUGCCAAGAUGCUAUCCCCAAUCCGAGAGACAACAGGCACAGAACACAAUACUAUAGAUGGCGCUGUGGUAGGCCAGGCUCCAAAGCGAGCCUUCAAAACUGGGAAAAAGAGCAUAGAGGUAGACCACACAGACGCUGUGGAGGAGACGGAGAAUCAUAACAGUAAUGAGGAUCUGGGAGAUGUAGGGGUCCAGGGACUGAUGGUGCCCAGUGAGUCCAGGAGAGUGUCUGCAGGGGGCGCCUCACCAAUCAAACCGCCAAGAAAUCGCAGCAACAGGGUUGAUAAGCAAAAGGAUGACAAAAAACAUUCUUCACCUGAUAAAAAUCAUGGGAAAACUUUGGGCCCUCUGAGGUCCACGAAAAAACCAGGUAGUACAGCCAAUUUGAACACUUUGCCUCCAAUUGAGAGCAAAACAAUAGCAGAAGAAGGAGGGAAGAUCUCACCUUCAAUCAAGGCAGACAAUGCGCAGCCAGAUUUGGAUCAAAUAAAAUUUGAUGUCACAGGAAUGUUCCAUUGGUGUCCACAGCAACAGUUUGAAGAUGUAGUACUUACAAUGGGAGAUCCUCCUGGAACUGUGAAACACAACUACAGCAGCCAUGUUGUUGUGUGUGUGUUUGCAGACACACACUCUCCUCUUAUGGGUCUAUGUAAUCUAGUUAUGCCACUACGUGCCAGUAACUUUCACUUUGAAGAACUCAAAGAUGUGAUACUAGUUGGAGACAAGGAGUACCUGAGGAGAGAAUGGAAAGGCUUGCAUAACUUUCCAAAAGUUCAUAUUUUACCGGGUUCCCCGCUAAACCGGUCCCGACUGAGAUCUGUAAAUAUCAACCUGUGUGAUAUGUGUGUGAUUUUAUCUGCCAAGCAUGGCUCCUCUGAGGACACUACCCUGGUAGAUAAAGAAGCCAUUCUCUGCUCACUGAACAUCAAAGCCAUGUCCUUUGAUGACACCCUGGGAUUGCUCAAUCAGAACACUGAAGGGUUCUUGCCUCCUGGAUUUGCUCCUAUUGGCAGUCCUAUGCGUCUGUCCAGGGUGGAGUGUAUGCAUGGCUCCAACAUCCCAAUGAUCACAGAGUUAGCCAAUGAUAGCAAUGUCCAGUUCUUGGACCAGGAUGAUGAUGAUGACCCAGACACUGAGCUGUACAUGACGCAGCCCUUUGCCUGUGGGACUGCGUUUGCUGUCAGUGUCCUGGACUCUCUCAUGAGCACAACAUAUUUCAAUGACAAUGCGUUGACUCUUAUAAGAACUUUGAUCACUGGUGGCGCAACCCCUGAGCUAGAACAGAUCCUGGCAGAGGGCGCUGGCAUGCGUGGAGGUUUCAGCACUCCAGAUAUUUUGUCCAAUAGGAGCCGGUGCCGAGUAGGACAGAUCUCCUUGUUUGAAGGACCAUUAUCACAAUAUGGGGAGGGAGGGAAAUAUGGAGACUUAUUUGUGGCUGCCCUGAGGAGCUACGGUAUCCUAUGUAUUGGUCUCUAUCGAUUCCGAGACACCAAUUCUACAGCAAAGAGUCCAUCAUCAAAACGUUAUGUCAUCACCAACCCACCAGACGACUUCAGCAUGAUGCCAACAGAUCAAGUCUUUUGUCUAAUUCCCUUCGAUGAAGGGCGUGGAAGCACCAGAAGACGCAGAGGCCAGAGGCCUAUGAGUGCAAGCAGCAUGGAUAGGGUGGGAAGUGGAUCACGAAAAUCACGCGAAUCACUUCGCAGUUCACAUCAUUUGCGCCUUCCAGAUUCUACAUACACAUGAUUUUGAUGGCAAAUGGUGCUGGGCACCAACUGAUUUCACACUGCAGACAUGAGGCAGAGGUGGGCCACAUAAGAUCUGAUACAAGCAUGGAGUAUGGAGAGAUGGACAGAUAAAGAAGAGACUAUUAAAUAAAACAUUGUGAUGUAGUAGUAGACUGUGUAUAUUGUAUGCUGUGCUGUUAUUCAUGAAGAUGUGGGCACUAUUCACUCAUACUCUGUGCUACUACUUAAAUAUUGUACACUACAUGUCACAGAGUGUUUGUAAAGUAUUAAAUCAGCACAGUGAUUGUCUUUAUAAUAAAAGAUAGGAUGCCCACGGGUCAUCUGGCUAAAUGUGUCCAUCUGCCAUGAUGGACACACAACAUAGAUGUACAUUGCCUGGGUCUCAGCUAUGACUCAGCCCAGUGGAGGGGGGGAGGGGCGUGGCUGUUACCUUGCUAAUAUAGUGGUUAUAUCAUAAUGUGCUGGCUCUUCAGUUCCUUAGUUUCUGAUUUCACAGAUGAAAUAUAUGUAGAAUGUGAAUUUUAAGAAUUUUUUUCUUGUUGGGCACAUACGCAGUUUGUUCAAGUGCAGCUUAUUGUUUUAGCUUUUUAUGUCUUUUUCUUAUGUUAAAAAUUUGAUAGCAGUGUUAGAUUCUUUAUUACUCAUUUUCAAUUCCACAUCUUUAUUUAAAUCUAACUUUUCCCUUUGUAUAAAAAUCUGUGUCUGGCUUAUUCAUGUAACUAUUUGCUUGUUGAUUUCUUUAUUCAUUUAAUAUCGUUUUAUUUAUAUUUCACUUACAUGUAAAUGGUAUCUAAAAGGGAUUGUUACCAAACAUCAGGUAUCUCUCUGAGGGGGGUGGAGGCAAUAUGGAGGGUGGGUUGUUGGAUCCAAAACCCUGGAACAUCGUUUUAGGCAGCAAGCCCUGCAUUCUGCCCAAUCCUAAAUCUGAACUGAUAGGCAGGCAGUAGGUGGGUUUAAAAAAACAGAUACGUUGUAAAUGUUUAUCAAUAACUUCAUUUUAUACGGAAGACCACUGUGUUAAAUAACAUUCCCACGUCGGUGCUACAUGUAUGUAUAAUUUGUUGACACUUCAAUGUCUAGUGACAGUAUUGUAUAAAUGUUAUUGUUUUUUAUCUAUUGUUUACCCACCUCAACAUGUUUUGUAAAUGUUAUACAACACAGAGAAUCUCAUUGUCAAACUUGAGUUUAGGAUCACUGCCUUAUGUGUCUUAUUUUUAAUGCACGGCUGCGUGUAAUAAGUCUUUUUCUAUUUGUUGUAUAGUUUACACAUAACUUGCCAGUAUAUCCAAGGUAUCUGUUCAGUUCCCAGGAACAGUGUGUGAUUUGCUGUGAUAUAUCCUGCCCUUUGUCCAGUUCAUUACUAGAGCAGCAGUUAAUAUCUGGUACAGAUUUUUGUUUUUGAUAUUGUUUUUCUUGUGACUUUUGCCGGUUGAUUUACUCAUUGUUUAUGCAGUAGUGCAGUUGUCUACAGUUUGUAGAGAGUGAGCUGUUAUAUAAUGUGAGCUGGAGACACAGUCAGUGUUCACCGUAUUUCUACCCCGGAGAUUCAAAGCAACGUUGCACUGCUAAAUACUCGUUCAUAUUUGGGAUGUCAUUUGUUACCAGCUGUUAUAGACCUGUCUCACAAGAUGUGCCCGUACUCGUGCUUUUCAAUGAUAAUUACAUUAUCUGACCGCAAAACAUUUGUAACUUCCAUGGUGUAUUUACUACCGACAGUGCAAUCGGAGUGUUUUCUGCUUUGUCUAAUAAACAGAAGUAUU